ACAUAUUGGGGAAGCUUGACGAUUUCUUUAUAGGGUUUGUCUGGGGGAGAAUCCAGACUGUCAAAAGCUAGUUGAUCUAGUAUUAUGAACGGGGUUGUUGCCAAAAUAUGUACCGCUCCGAGGCGGAGUGGCCCAUUUUGGCUAAUAGGUCCUCUACUUUUGUUCCCUGAUCUAUCUAUAUGCAAUAUCUCUACUGUCCAGGGCUGAGCUAAUAAUAUGUGGAUUCGGCUUAGGAAGUUGCUGGCCCGAUGUGUGAUUGGAAUGUCUUCUUUGAGCGUUUGGGUUGCAGCCAAGCUGUCCAUUUGUAAUUGGGCUCUUCUGAAGCCCAAUUGCCAAUCAAUUUUCAGGCCAUGUAAAUCACCCCAAUACUCCGCUUCCAAAAUUGGGCAUUCUCCGACGUGUGCCGUGAAACCUUCUAUCCAAGAGCCUUCGUGGUUUCGUAUAACCCCUCCCGCUGUUGAAUUUUUGGUUUUGAUCCAUAGUUUCCAGCAAGCUGUUCCGAACCAAAUUGGCCAAUCGAUUUCGUACUGCAACAAGGAGGCAGAUAAGUUAGAGAUAUCAUUCCAGAAUCGAGUUGUUUUUACAUUUCCAAUGAUCCACUCGGUGCCUUGAAUUGUUGCUGCCCAUACUUGUUCCAGUUGUUUCCACAGAUGGGGAGUGCUGCUAGUAUUGACUUGCACAGUGUCAACCUGCCAGCCAUGCUCAUUUUCCUGCCAUUCCAUAAACGUACGUGCUGUUUCACCUUGCAUGUGAGUGGUUGGUACAUUGCUUUAGUGAGUCUGUUGUGGAUGAUUGGGACACCCAGGUACUUCCCUAGGUUGUCCACUAGCUUUAUUCCAAGUUUCCUGCUUAGGGAGGCAGCUUUUGUAGCUUCCACAUUUGGUGAGCAAUAUAGGACUGAUUUGUCAUUACUGACAGUCUGUCUCGAUGCUUGACAAAAUGAUCGGAGGGUCUUGCGUAUUGUUUUUACCUGUUUGUCUGUGGCCUUUGCAAAGAGGAUUAGGUCAUCAGCAUAAAAUAAAUGGGAAAUGUUUACCCUUCCAUUAUCGAAAGUGAUUAGCUUCCAGUUGCGUUGUUGCACCUCUUUGUUGAUAGCUUGUGAUAAUCUCUCCACGCAUAAUAUGGAGAUAGGGAGUCUCCUUGUCUUACGCCCCUUGAUGGGGUGAAUUCCUCCCCUGGUUUGCCAUUCCAUAGUACUCUUGUCUUUAUUGUGAGUAGGAUUUUGAAGAUGUUUGAUAGAUUUUGUGGUAUUUCUGCAUCUCCUAGGGUGUCUAGGAUAAAGUCCCAACUAAUGCAAUCGAAUGCCUUGGCCAAGUCAAUUUUGACUGCUACCCAUCCCUUUUUUUCUUUUGCUAUUAUCAUGGAGUGGAUUAUUUCUUGUGCCAUCACUAUGUUGUCUAUUAUACUUCUUCCUUGGAUAAAACUCGAUUGUGUGUGAGAAAUCAGUGUUGGCAUGAUUUUUUUAAUUCUGUUUGCCACAACCUUUGAAAUAAUCUUGGCUGAGACAUUGAUUAAACUUAUUGGACGCAGGUUCUGGAAUUUUUCUGGUGGCUUGACUUUGGGGAUUAAGAUGAUCAUAGCCUUGUUGAUCUCGAGCGGCACCUCUCUUGUUUCGAAAGCAUUUCUCACCAUUUUACAGACCGUUGGCCCUACUGUGCUCUAAUUGUUUUGGUAGAAGCCUGCUGAAAAUCCAUCAACACGUUGGCUUUUGUAGGGUCCAUUUCUGUGAUUGCUUGGUGUAUUUCAUCAUCAGUGAGUGUGGCUGGCAACAUUCUACUGAGUCUGCUGGAGAUGGGUGGAAAUAGUCCUCUUACGUGGUAGUGUCUGUUUGGAUUGGGACUACCUGGUGUGUAUACUUUCCUGUAAAAUUUUGUAGCUUCUGUUCCUAUGCUUUCCUGAUUUGUGCACCAUCUGCCAUCAUCUAGUUGCAUUCCAUGUACCUUGUUUUUGUCUUUCUUUGGCUUGUGGACCGCAUGAAAGGCUCUGUGUUUCUGUCCCCCUGCACUAACCAGAUUGAUCUUGAGUUUUGAAUUCUUAGACACUCUUCCUGUGUGACUGUUCUUUCGUAGUCUCCCCUUAGUUCCUCCUCUAGGCUUUGUAGGUUGUGAGAUGGGUAAAAUCCUAGAGCUUUUUGGAUGCUUGAUAAUCUUGCUAAGAUUCUUCUUUUCCUUUUGUAAAUAUCCCCGAAAAUGUUGUACUUCCAAUCUUCUACUGCUGCGGUUAAGCUGUCACAGGCCUCUGGUAGAUCAGCGUUUGCUCUCCAGUUACUUUGCAGCCAAUUCUGCCACUGUUUGUGGUGCUCCCAAGCUGUGAGGUACCUGAAAAAAAAAAAUUUGGUGGGUUUCAUGAGUUGUGUGUGAAUUGUACCACUAUGGGGGAGUGGUCGGACGCUAUUCAUGGUAGAUGGUGGAGUGUUGUGUUCUCAAAGUUGUCACUCCAUUUGUUGUUGACCAAGACUCGAUCUAGUCUGACAUGGGAUAAGUCUCUCUUCCAAGUGAAUCUGGGACCUAUAAAGCCUAAAUCAACCAUGUCAUUUUUGUGAAUCCAGUUUAUAAAGUGUUUGCAACCUUUUGUUUUUAUUCCUCCUGUUUUGUCAGCUUCUUCCACAGUCGCAUUGAAGUCUCCAAGGACCAGCCAUGCCUCAAAAGUAUUCCCUGCAAGACGAUUUAGGUGAUACCAUAGUGUAUGCCGGGUUAGCUUUUGGGGGCUCCGUACACUACAGUGGUGUAGCAUGUAGAAUUAUCUGGGAAGGAAAUUCUGCAAUGUAUGAAUUGCCAAUGAUUUUCUAUUAUUUGUAUUGUUAUAGUACCUUUUUAUAGCAACCAUAUUCCCC